UCGCGGAAUGCUAAUGACGUGCAGGCGAGGCCUGAAGGAUAUUUCGAACGACUUCGACAACGACCGUAUGGAUUGCUGCCGUAUACGGAACCCUGCGUAUGGAAAGUUAUGAAGCCUAUUUUGCUUCAUAGAGUCGCCGCCCCAUCAACGUCCGUUCUGAGCUUCCUACGAGCUCAAGUCACCAAUGCGUUCGAGCGGCCGUUGGCGCAAUGCGCCCAGGUAGCCCCGCAACGACGCAGAUACGGCACGAAGAUCAGGUCACAAACACUGUUGGGAGAUGCAGCACGCGGGGCGAACACGCAAGGUUGGAAGAGAGGAGUAGGCGCUGGAAGUAGGACAUUCGCAACUUCGCAAUGUCUCUCGGGCACGAAGAUCUCGCAACCAGUCUUCGAGAAUUCACUCGUCGCCCCACAGACCACUGCUCUCCCCGUACGAGAUGUUGAUUCUCAGGGCCAUCGGAGGUUCUCUACAACUUCCACGAACAAAGCGUGGAACAUCUUCCGCUCAGCAAAGAUGCGAAGAUUGGCCCAACUGCAAGCACCGCAACCGCCACCGGAUGAAUCAUCUUCAGGUGCAACGGGGUUUGGAAGUAGCCUGGGACGUAUAAUGCGACCUACCAACGAACUCAAAAUGCGUUGUACGGAACUUGACGAACACGGCAAUGUAACGCUCGUUAGUGGAGAGUUCAAGAAGAGCGAACUUAUCGCCAAGUACGGUCUACUUCCUCGUGAUCUUCGCAAGAUCGAUUCCUCGCUCCUCCCGCAUAUUCUCGUUCGACCUUCGGCGAUCCUGAUAAACCUCCUGAACCUUCGUGUCCUCCUGAAGCACAACCGCGUCCUUGUAUUUGAUGCAUACGGUACCACCGAUUCGAAGUCACAGUCCGUGUUCAUGUACGAUCUCGAUCUCAAACUGCGCCAGAAAGAAUCCACAAUCAAUGGUACCCUCGCCUACGAAUUCCGAGCCCUAGAAGCUGUUCUUAUAAGCGUAACACUGAGCUUGGAGAAGGAAUUCGAAGGCGUCAGUGAACCAGUGGUUCGAGUUCUGCGAGAGCUCGAAGAAGACAUCGACAGGGACAAGCUGCGGUACCUGCUCAUCUACAGUAAGAAGCUGGGUAGUUUCGAACAAAAGGCAAGAUUGGUCAGAAACGCACUGGAGGAAUUGCUGGAGGCCGACGACGAUCUUAGCGCCAUGUAUUUGACAGAGAAGGCAGAAGGCAAGACACGGGAAGAAGACGAUCAUACCGAAGUCGAAAUGCUCCUUGAAUCCUACCACAAGGUCGCCGACGAAAUCGUACAAGCUGCCGAGAACUUGGUAUCUAGCAUCAGGAACACUGAGGAGAUAGUCAAAGCUAUUUUGGACGCCAACCGCAAUUCCCUUAUGCUUCUCGACCUCAAGUUCUCCAUUCUUACCCUUGCAAUCACUGCCGGAACCUUUGUUGCGGCUCUAUACGGCAUGAACCUGAAGAACUUUAUCGAAGAAUCCGAUCUUGGUUUCUUCGGCAUAAGCGCUUGGUGUACCGUGUUUGGUUUUAUCGUCGCUGUAUACGGACUUUCAAGGCUUCGUAAGGUGCAACGGGUCAGCAUGUAUGGUCAUGGACCUGGUGCGCUUGUUAGCAGGGAGCCAACUAGACCAACAGUAGCUCCAGGCAAUACAUGGGGCCUUGGUGCAUGGGGUGGCGGUAGUAGGAACGGAGUUAGUCGAGGGGAUAUGGGUAGUACGAUGCCGUCUGGUGCACCAGAUCUGGGCGGUAUAACGAAGAGGGGUGACACGCUGGCAAGUGUCGUGGAAAGAGAAAGGGCGUUGGCAAGGAAGUUGGCCAAGAUGGAACAGAGGGCUGAUGACGCUACGAGACGGUAA